AUGCUAUUGUUUGUACUGUUUCUUCUGCUGCUACUGCCUGUACUGCUACUUCUGUUGCUACUGUUUAAACUGCUUUUUCUGCUGCUACUGUUUCUGCUACUGUUUGUAGAGCCACUUCUGCUGGCACUGUUUGUACUGCUACUGUGUGUACUGCUACUUCUGCUACUGUUUCUGCUACUGUUUGUACUGCUACUUCUUCUGCUACUGUUUGUACUGCUACUUAAGCUGCUAUUGUUUGUACUGUUACUUCUGCUACUGUUUGUACUGCUACUUCGGCUGCUACUGUUUGUACUGCUACUUAAGCUGCUUCUGUUUGUACUGCUACUUUAG